GCAUGCGAAUAAGGUUAGUUUCGAUACUUUGAAAUCGGCGAGAGAACUGAAGAGUCCUCUCGUAAAAACGACAAAGUCUCAUUUCCUUCAGUGUUGUGUUGGGUUUCAGGUGGAUUUUGUCGAAUAUGGACGGCGAUAAUUCGGCCUCCGAAGCAAAUCCGGUUCUGACCAAUGGCACUACAGAAGAGUCGGCCGUAAAUGGCCUAAACGGUUACUCAUCUGACAAACAUAAAUCUGAGUCUAAAGACAAGCACCGCGACAAGGAUAGAGAUAAGCAUCGCGAUAAGGACAAAGAUAGACAUAAGAGUAGUAAAGAUCACAAAUCUUCAAGUAGAGAUAAAGAUAGAGACAGGAAGGAUAAGGAUAGGCACAGUAGUAGCUCACACAAAUCUUCUAGCAGGGACAAGGACAAGGAAAGAGAGAGGGAUAAAGAUAGAGACAAGGAUAAGCACAGGGAUAAAGAUAAGGACAAGGACAGAAAAUCAUCUUCAUCAUCGCACAAAAGUUCCAGCCGAGAUAAGGAUUAUAAGUCUAGUUCUUCUUCAAAAGAUAAAGAUAGGGACAAGGACAGAAAGGAUAGGGAUAAAGACAAGGAGAAAUCAAGAGAUAAAGAUAAGGAUAAAGAUAGGAAGCACAGUUCAAGUAGUAGCUCAAAGGAUAAAGAUAGGCAUAGGGAUAAGGACAGGCAUUCAAGCAGUUCAAAGGAAAAAGACAGAAAGAACAGGGAUAAGGAGAAGGAAAAGGAGAAGAAAAAGGAUGAAGCGAAACUAAAAAUAAAAGAAGAGGUGAAAGAAGAAGAGGACGAACCUCAAGUUAAAGAGGAAUUAUCUAUGAGUACAGAUGAUGACGAUGACAAGUUGGUUAUCAAAGAUGAAGAGAACAGCCAAGAUGAAAGUGAUAAUUUGUGUAAUAAUGUAUCACAGGCUUCAAGUUGUGACUAUAACAUGUCUCAAUUUGACAAAAAUGAAUCACAAUUUGAAAUGUCUGAAGGUGAGGAGGAUCAGCCCCAAACCAAUGCUCAUUCUCAAGCAGAGGAAGAAGAAUAUAAGCCUGUGAAAGAGGAACCUGAGGAGAGUGACGAUGAGGAGGAUAUGCCUUUGGCUGCAAGAGCACAAAACAAACGAAAAAUCGAUGAAGAUGAAGAGGAGGAUGACGAUGAUGACGUCCCGUUAAUGGCCCGUAAGAAGGUCAAAAAGGAGGAAAAGAAAAAAAAGAAAAAGAAACUGGAAUCAGACUAUGAGGAUGAUGAAGAGGAAGAUUUUGUACCAAAGAAAAAGAAAAAGGUGAAAAAAGAAAAAGAAAAGAAGAUCAAGGUUAAGCAGGAGGUAAAGGAGGAAGUCAGUCCUAAAAAGGGAGGAAGGAAGAAGAAGGAGGAGGAAGAGCCGGAAGUUUGGAAAUGGUGGGAAGAAGAAAAAAAAGAAGAUGGUGUAAAAUGGAACUUCUUAGAGCACAAAGGCCCAGUAUUCGCUCCACCCUACGAGCCUCUGCCUAAAAACGUAAAAUUCUAUUACGACGGAAAAGAGAUGAAAUUAAGUGAAGAUGCCGAAGAAAUUGCCGGGUUUUAUGCAAAAAUGUUGGACCACGAUUACACCACUAAAGAGGCCUUCAACACGAAUUUCUUUACCGAUUGGAGGUCUGUUAUGACCAAAGAGGAAAAAAGCAUCAUAACUGAUCUGAAAAAGUGCAAUUUUAAACAGAUGCAUGCGUUCUUUAUGGACCAGGCGGAAAAGAACCGUAAUAAGACCAAAGAAGAAAAACUAGCUAAAAAGGAGGAAAACGAGGCGCUAUUAAAAGAAUACGGUUUUUGUACCAUUGACGGGCAUAAAGAGAAAAUAGGCAAUUUCAGAAUUGAACCUCCAGGUCUAUUUAGGGGUCGAGGUGAACAUCCGAAAAUGGGCAAAUUAAAACGACGGGUGGAGGCGGAAGACAUUAUCAUAAAUUGCAGUAAAGACUCGGAAAUACCGAAAGCGCCGCCGGGCCACCGUUGGAAAGAGGUUAGGCACGAUAACAAAGUAACUUGGUUGGCCUCCUGGACCGAAAACGUACAAAAUCAAGUUAAAUACAUCAUGUUGAAUCCUAGUUCAAAAUUGAAAGGGGAGAAAGAUUGGCAAAAGUACGAGACGGCGCGGAAACUUCAUCAGAAAGUUGAUAAAAUUAGGGAGAACUAUCAGGCCGAUUGGAAGUCGAAAGAAAUGAAAAUUAGACAGCGGGCUGUGGCAUUAUAUUUUAUUGAUAAGUUAGCGCUUAGGGCCGGUAACGAGAAAGAUGAAGAUCAGGCGGAUACUGUCGGUUGCUGUUCACUUAGAGUGGAACACAUCGAACUGCACGAAGAAAAAGACGGAAAAGAUUAUGUAGUAGUGUUCGAUUUCCUCGGUAAAGAUUCAAUUAGGUAUUACAAUGAAGUCCCUGUGGAGAAGCGAGUCUUUAAAAACUUACAAUUGUUUAUGGAGAAUAAGAGGAAAGGAGAUGAUCUCUUUGAUAGACUGAACACUGCAAUAAUGAACAAGCAUCUGAACGACCUUAUGGACGGUUUAACUGCCAAAGUAUUCCGUACGUACAACGCCUCGUGGACCCUACAACAACAAUUGGACCAACUGACCAACGAGGACGACACGGUCGCCGAGAAAAUUCUCUCUUAUAAUAGGGCGAACAGAGCCGUAGCUAUUUUAUGUAACCAUCAAAGGGCGGUGCCGAAGGGCCAUCAGAAAUCGAUGGAAAAACUGAAGGAGAAAAUAGAGCAGAAACGGGAACAGAUCAAAGAUGCCGAGCGGCAGGUGAAGGACGCGCAGAGGGAAGCGAAACACGGCAGCGUGAAGGAGAAGGUCGCUUAUGAUAAGAAGAAGAAACAGUUGGAGAGGAUGAGAGAUCAGUUGGCUAAACUAGAAAUUCAGGAAACGGAUCGAGACGAAAACAAGACGAUAGCUUUAGGCACAUCAAAACUAAACUAUUUAGAUCCGAGGAUAUCGGUGGCGUGGUGUAAAAAAUACGACGUGCCCAUCGAGAAAAUCUACAACAAAACACAAAGGGACAAAUUCCGUUGGGCAAUCGAUAUGGCCGGGCCCGACUAUCGAUUCGAUAAAAUCAAAUAAGACUUUUAAUGUUGUUUGUUUGAAGAAGUUUUAUGAAAACUUCGGACCAUCGAUCAUCACUGUUUUUUUUUUGUAUGUCCGGUGCAAUGUCACUUAGAUUUCAGAUUCAUCAAAGUGAUAAUAUUUUAGUGGAAGCCUAAAUAAAUUCCAGUGUAUUAUUUUAUUUAAUUAUCGCAUGUAUCAUGUUCGAUAGGACGGAUUUUUAAAAAGUUAAAUUUCAUUUUAUCUCAUUCGACUAGUAUUGUAAACAUAAUUUUUUUAAAAGUCCUGACCCCCACUUCUUAGGUACCCAAUUUAAUAUAAUAUUAAGUAUAAAUUAUUUGAUUAUUAGGUGUGAAUUUAAAUGUUGAAUGUGAUUUUGCGCGCAGGUUUUGUAAAAUAAAGAAAUACAAUUGUUUAUCUAAUUUUAUUUAAAGACAUUCUUUUUAAAUUAUUUUCAGUAGGUUGGGUUACAUGCUGUAAUUCGUCAAAUCCAUUUUACUGAUAGUUAAUUUUUACUGUAAAGUAAAUGAUCAGUGUAGGGUCUGUAUAUUACAGAUAAUAUGUCAAUAAAUGAACGUGUAAGACAGA